GUACUUCAGCCAGUUUGUGAAGGCUGUGUGGUCACGCCCAGCAGACUCGAGCGACCGAGAAGUGGAUGUCGCGAAGCAGGUGGAUGUUCCUCUGGUGGCACGCUUAGUGCGCCCCUGCUUACCAGACCCGGCCUUUGGCAGCCUCCCGCUUGCCGAAGUCCCCGAUCUGGACUUUCAGCCCACUUGGCGAGAUCUUCCAUACUCGGAAAAGCUUGUGGAACCUCUGCAUGAUGCAGAGUUUGAUGGGGGCGAGGAGAAGGUGGGAACACAGAAUGUGCAUGACAAUGGGUAUCGAUUUCCCGAGUAG